AAAAAUAGAACUUAAUGUAGGUAAAACACACGAGCCGUACGAAAGAAAAAAAAAACCUGCUGCAGGUAAAAACUGCAUUGAACAAAAUAUUGUGCAUUAUUGAACAGUGAUUACGGGGAACGAAGAAGAUGGUGUAAUUUACAGUGUGUUGCGGUGUUAAAACGAAUUGCACAAUCCACUAAUAAAGAAUCUCGAACGAUUCGGCCGUGAAAUUGCUUGACCACCGCCCAGCUGCUCCUUGAAAAAAUCUGAAAAAUGAGUACCCGCCCAAGUCCGGCACCGUUCAAGCGCUCGAUCGACGGUCUCUUUAAUGCGUGGCUGGUGCUUCGGAAUCAAGGUCACGAAAAACCCCUCCGGAAUGCGCUGUACAACGUAAUGAUGGUGGCCGUAGUGGCAGUGGUCGUUGGUGUGACUCUGGUGCUGGCCCCCUUCUUCAAACCCCUGCUGUGGGCGUUCCUGUUCGGAGCCGUUCUGUUUCCGGCGAAAAAGCGCAUAGCAGAAGCUCUCAACCGAUGGAUCGAGCGCAUCGAGAAAGACGAAAAGUAUCUGGUGCUGGGUGUGUUGGGCGCCCCGGUGCAGGGCAUCGAUUCGUUGGGCGAGUUCCUGACCGAGUGGCUGCUGGGACAUCUCAAGAUCAUCGGAAUAGGAUUCGGGAGUUUGAUCUCGUUGCGGCUGGUGGUGUGGGUUGCUCCUACCGAGGUGUUCCUUUCGCUUUGGAAUUUCAUCGUGUGGAAGCACUCGCUAUUUCGAGCGUUGCUCAGCUCGCUGACGUUGCAGAUGCUGGUCAUAAUCGUCGUGCUGUACGUUGUCAGCGUCUACAUGCUCUGGAAACCGGAGCUUUCGACUCCGUUCUUGAUCAUCGGUCAGCUCCUGUGGGUACUGAUCGUCGGGUACGGAUGCAGCUUCUUGGGAGCUCUCCAGGUUCCCGUGUUCCUGAGCUUGCUCACCUAUGGAGCCAUUGGGCUCAUCUACAAUCUACAAAAGGACGAGAAAAACGCUCGAUUUAUAGAUAAAUGGCAUAGUCUGCUGGACGUGACCAGCUACCGUCUAGACGACGGCAAGGUGGAACCCUCGGAAGGUUCCCGGAUCGAAGAACUCAAAUCAAAAAUGCAGCUGGACGUUAGCGCAACUCCGCUGUCAAGUACGAUGAAUGAUACUCGAAAUGCCACUAUCAAUAGCACCAUGGACCGAACUCACGAAUCGCUGGAAAGCGAUAUGUACUUCAGAAUACUCUUCUAUGCCUGCGGGGCAGCUCUCAUCUGGAUGCACACCUGGAUUCUGUUCCUGGGAGUUAUUCCGAUAUUUCUCCACGUGGUCAAGCGCAUAGCGGAGUACCUGGGUCUGGUUCAGUGCGUCACCCAGCAAAUAAACGACUAUUGGGAACUACUGAAACUCUGGUUAUUCCCACGUCACUCGGCCCUACUGCCACUGUGCCUGCCCGGGAUCCUCCGGGUUAACGCCAACAUCCAUAGGUACGCGUGUGCCAAAAUUCGAUCCUACAUCGACGAUAUCAGCUCGAUCGUCAUGAUUGGGUUCCUCAGUGUGCUGGUCAUGCUGGUCAGUGUGUUUGCCUUUGCGCAAAUCUACUCGGAGACGAUCGCCGUGGCCCAGCUCGGAAGUAAUUUGGUCAAUCGGACGCUCACGCAUAGGCCGGAAUUGAUCGAGAUGCUACCCAUCGAUAUGCAAUCAAUGGACAACAUCAUCGACAAUGCGUACAAGUACGGUCGGUCCCACAUCGAACAGUAUGUGGACGACAUUUUCAACGACACGGAUCCCACGCAGGCCAAAAAGCUCAAGUGCCAAAUUUUGAGUGUGUGGGAUCGGUUGAUCCAGAGCUGGAUGGAUCGCAACAAUGGCGAUGGAUUGGUGGGACCACGCGUCAGCAGCCAGUCGAUUCGGAUGACGAUCGACGAGAUUUUUAUUAAUCCAAUAACUAAAGCAGGAAUCAUCGGAUUCGUCAAAAGUAACAUCGGAAUGUUACUGGAAGUGGCUGAUUCGCUGUGGAUCCUGCUGCGUACUAAUCUCACACUUUUGGCUUCCGCCAUUGGAACGCUUGUCUCAGUCAUUCUGGGCGGAGGUCAUGCCGUACUAAAAUUUCUGUUCCAUACUAUCAUCUUCUUCACUACUCUCUACUACUUACUUCAAAGCAGUCAAGACCGCUACGCACCCACAGCAAUCACCAUCAACAACUCGUGGGGUCCUCGAAUCAUCCAGGCGCUGGAGGAUUCCAUUUCUAGCGUUGUGGUGGCGACACUGAAGCUGGCCCUAUUUCACGGCCUCUUCACAUGGCUUACGCACACAAUCGUCGGGGCACAUAUCGUCUAUUUGCCGGCUGUGCUGGCAUCAAUUCUAGCGGCAGCACCCUUUCUGGAGAGCUACUGGUGCAGUGUGCCGGCCUUUCUGGACCUGUGGCUUUCGCAGGACCGCUUCUGGUUGGGAGCGCUGCUGGUGUUGGUGCACUUUAUAGUUCCGUCCAACUUCAAUCCGAUCAUACAUUCGGAAAUUAAAGGUGGUGGUCACCCGUACCUGACCGGCCUGUCGAUUGCCGGUGGAAUGUACCUGUUCGGGCUAGAGGGAGCCCUCUUGGGACCCCUCUUGCUGUGCCUGAUGGUUGUGCUGUUCGAAGUUACCAUGAGUGCUAUCCGAGAUUCGCCGGUUACUCCUCAAACGAGGAAAUCCAGCUUAGAUACAAACAACGAGCUUUACUCACCUGCAACGACUUUAUCUAAAGAGUGGCAAGCAUUUGUCCACGGGGAAGACCAACUAUCGCUUCAGCGGUUACCCGGAAAUGGCGGACGCGUCCGGAUCAGCGCUGAUGAUGGGCUAUCAGCCGAUGGGACCACAACCGAUGACGGCGACGACAACGACGACGGCAGCGACUACUCCGGGAGCAGCACCUCGUCCUACGUAGAAAGCCUACGCGGACCGGAAGAUAGUUUUAUUAUUUGAUUUUUGCAGUUGCUCACUAUUACUGAGGACAGGUGCCUAAAGAGUUUAAAAGGAAGCUUAAAUCCUAUUCUGAAGUGAUGUGGAAGCUUUGAUAUGGGCCAAAGUGUAACGUUGACUAUGGAUUAUUGCUUAGUGUUUUAUGAAACUCGACAAAUGCGUUUCAAUAUAUUUGUUUAUACUUAAUUAUUGUUAAUAAAUGUGAUAUGCUGUAGUUUUAGGAAAAUUCACUGAUUAAAUAAUAGAAAGCUCUCAAAGUAAUAAUUAAUAUUGUUUUACUAAUGA